AGUUGUGCUUGUACUAUCAGAGAGAUCGCGAUCAGCACCGUUAUAGUGAAGUCUGGCAGCCAUCUGAUCGACCCACAUACACAAACUUUAUCGACUUCUUGAAAUACAUUUAAAAGGGCAUUGAUUUGAAAGGAGCCAAGAAGACGGAGAGCUUCCUGUAGCUGAGCAGUUGUGUGAUUCAUACUCCGUGGCCCGGAGGCUGCAAACAAUCAGCGCUCCAGUACCCGAGCUCGGACAACUUUCCGUGCCUCAGCUGAUCUCAUCACAUUUGAAGCGUUUGACCCUCGAUAAAGAGACAAGCAGCUGCAAACGGCGCUGGAAACGUGAAAAAACAAGCCACUUUAUGCUUUAACAGAAGUUUUUGAAUUCUCCCGGAACUUCGAGAUUCAGGACUUACCUGCAAUGGUAACACACAGUAAAUUUGACGGGAUGAGCCGUCCUGUCGACAUGCCAGCUCAGAGACUAUCGUAUCGAUUGAAGACCUUCUCAUCCAAAAGCGAAUAUAACCUUAUCAUGAACACUGUGCGGAAACUCAAGGAGAGCGGCUUCUACUGGAGUACAAUGAAUGGGGGAGAGGCAAACAUCCUCCUCAGCUCGGAACCGGUCGGGACAUUUCUAAUCAGGGACAGCUCGGACAAUAGGCAUUUCUUUACCCUCAGCGUUAAGACAGAAUCGGGCACCAAAAACCUGAGGAUACAGUGUGAAAACUGCUCUUUUUUCCUACAAACGGACCCCAAAAGCACUCAAACAGUUCCUAAGUUUGACUGUGUGUUAAAGCUCAUUCACCAUUACAUGCCUUCAAAGUCUACAGACUCAGGGAAUGUGAAAAGGGUCUACUUCAUUUAUUCGGGAGGCGACAAGAUCCCACUGGUUCUCUCCAGGCCACUUUCAUCCACUGUUUCAACUCUACAGCACCUCUGUAGGAAAACUGUAAAUGGACAUGUAGAGGUGUCUGGCAAAGUACAAGAACUGCCAAUGCCUGUCAGACAAUUUCUACAGGAUUAUGAUGCCCCUGUAUAAUCCUUCAAUUGCCAUAUAAACUCUCACAAAACCGUCUGGCUUUUUUGGCUGGAUAUCUAAGCUUGAAGAAACAGAAAUAUUUGCACUCUUUUUUAUUUAUAAUAGAUUUCAAUAAUUUAUAAUAAAAUGCACUAUUUUCAAUGACAACAAA